AUGUCGGAGGGAGAGAGGCUGAGAGGCGGAGAAAGAGAGAGCCGGAAAGGCGGAGAUAGAGAGAGGGGAGAGAGGCGGAGAGAGGCGGAGAGAAGCGGAGACAGAGAGAGGCGGAGAGAAGCGGAGACAGAGAGAGGCGGAGAGAAACGGAGACAGAGAGAGGCGGAGAGAGGCGGAGAGAAGCGGAGGCGGAGAGAGGCGGAGAGAAGCGGAGACAGAGAGAGGCGGAGAGAAACGGAGUCAGAGAGAGGCGUAGAGAGGCGGAGAGAACCGGAGACGGAGAGAGGGGGAGAGAGGCGGAGAUAUAGAGAGAGGAAGAGGCGGAGAGACGGAGAGGCACAGAGUAGGGGCGGACGAAGGGGUUACACCGGAGAUAGAGAGAGGCAGAGAGGCGGAGCUGUCACCGGCGAUGGCGAUGGAAUCAUCUUAGGGUUUGGUUCUCAAUUGGGUCGACAGAGGUGGAGGUCUAAGAGAGAGAGAGAAAAAUAA